GAGAAAUACCCGUGAACCAUGUCUUCGAUCAUCUACAGCGACCUGAGCACCGCGCUGAUCGGCGACGUCGCGCGCUACACGCUCACCUACGCGCCGGAGCCCGGUACGGUUCCCGCAACACAGCUCUACUUGCGCUUGCACAAUCGUGAGUCGCUUGCACUCCGUGCGGCCGUGCUCAAUGGUCCGUUUUUGCUCUACUGCGAUGUGCGGCCUUUCCAGUUCUCUUCGCGGACCAAGUUUGAGCCGGUGAACCCGAAACAGGACCUUGAGGUGAAGUACGCUUUCAGCGUACAGCCGGGCGAGGCGUGGAACGCAACUCUACUCGUAAAUCGCAACUCACAGCGGAGCACGGGAGUUUGGGAGUGGACGGUAGAUGUGAUUUCGCAGAUUGUGACAUCGCAGAAGGUCGGGAUUGUGUACGAUUUAGCAUUUGGGCUCGACCGGAAAGAAUUAAAGACGCACAAGCACUUGCCGAAGGCGGAUAUGAAGGAUAUGAAAUUCUCGCUGAAAACUACAAGAGACUCGCGAGCACCAGCUAAGGAAUCGAUUCAGACGAUAGCGGCUGUUCAAAGUGACAAGGAUGACAAAGGUGAUGAGGGUGACAAAGGUGAUGAGGGUGAUAAGGGUAACGAGAGUGACCCUAGUUGUAAUGUCGCAGCAAAUAAGGAAGCAAAAAUCGUCGAUGAGACCACCAAAGCUUUCGUUCUGUCAUAUUCCAAUCAAACCAAAAACAGCAUGGAUGAUAACGGGGAAAUAAAGUUAGGUAAAGCGAGAGAUAUCAAAACAAGGGGUGAUACUGCCAGAGUUUUCACUUCAGAAGAGAUCCACAAGAGUGUUCUUAUCCAGAAAGUGUUCUCGGAAGACCCGUUGGUGGAAGCUCGCCGUGAAGACAGCACUAAUGAGAUGAAAAGUAAAGACGGCCAAUUAUCUGUCCCGAUAUCUGGUUGUGUCAACUCUAAAUCCCCGGGUGAUGUUCUAGUUAAAGAACCCCCCAAUCAAGUUAAUGGCUUCUUCUCCGACUUUAGCUCUACAGGCUUUAGCCCAGACCACGACAGCACCACUAAUGCCCCCAAUCGCCCCAUCAAUCCAGUGAGUGGUAUUACUGCAGACCCCAACGUCCUUCCACAUGGACAAACCGGUGGAUCCGCCAAAGAGUCUAAUGCGUCCGACAGUGAAUGCCUCGAUGGUUCAGCUGGAGAUGCCUCCCAUAAUCUCGCUGAUCUUGCAGAUGAUGGUCCUACAGAUGAUCUAGUGGAUUAUUCCAUUGGCUUAACUUGCACUAAUAAUGUCACCAAAGACGCGACUGAUAGCUCGACCAACCAGUCUAGUGAUCUUACCAAUGAAUCGGCUGGUAAUACAGCAGAUACCUCAGCUGGCUCCACCCACUCCCCCACUGGCUUGACUGUUAUGAAGCAGAGUACGGAUGAUUUGUGGUCCCUCCCACCCCCCUUCCCCUCCCAGCCCGUCCACCUUGUUUUUAUCACCCAUGGCCUCUUCUCCAACCUCACUGCGGACAUGCUCAGCCUCAAGGAAUCGAUCGAACAUUAUGCGCACGUUGUCGCGCACGGCCAUGCAAACGUUAUGGUGCGCGGCUUCCGCGGCAAUGCGGGCCACACGGAAAAAGGUAUCAAGUGGCUUGGCAUCCGCGUGGCGCAGCAUCUCGUCGCAACGCUCCGUGCAACGCCCUACACUAUCGCACGCAUCUCAUUCAUUGGCCACUCGCUUGGAGGGCCUGUUCAAGCGUACGCGCUUCGUUACGUGCUCUUUACCAAUCCUGAACUCCUCGCGCGUGUGACUCCCGUCAACUUUAUGUGUAUCGCAUCGCCAAUGCUCGGGAUCUUAUCUGAAAUGUCGCGUUUCUGGACGGUAUUUCUCGAUCUAGGAGCGUUAGGGAAGACUGGACGGGACCUAUCGCUUUGCCAUCAGCGCCCAGGACUCCAUUCGUAUACUUUAAAGUCAGAUGAGGUGGAGACUGACGCGGAUACAGAUCUUACGCGGUAUGAGGCGAUGUUAGCGGAGUACACGAAGAAGCACGAUAUUCAUUUGAAGCCGCUUUUGGAGAUUCUUCCGUUGGAUCCGUUGCAUGGAUGGUUGAAGCAGUGUAAAAAGUUGACGUUGUACGCAAAUGUGGUUAACGAUGGGAUUGUGCCUUUACGCACGGCAUCGUUGUUGUAUCUUGAUUGGAAGGCGUUGGAUGAUAUUUCCAAGAUUAGGGAGAGUAACAGGGGCGACCUGGAAGGGAGAAGGCGUAAGAGUGCGAAUGCGAGUGGGAAAGAAGCGGAUGCACGUGAGAACGCCAACAGCAUGCAUGGCUUGUCCGCCCCCGACCCCUCCAGCGAUAGCGUCACAGACGUCGCGCCCAGAGACGAUCCUCCUCAUAAAUCUAUCAGCCGCUACCUCCGGGAGAAGUUUUCCACCCCCUCCCGGCUGUCGCUGACGAUCGCCAAGGCGCACCGGACGCGGAAACAACACCACUACAAGAAAAUCCUGGCUCACAGUCUUGGAAAUCUCGAAUCAGAACCGGACGAGGCCAGCAUGGAUGAAGGAGAGAUCCAGCUCAAUAUUCCGCCAAAAGCGCUGGCGUUCAUCUCCACCGUCAGAGUGCUACACGCCCCAAUGCCCUCUACUGAGUACCUCUUCGAUCCUUCCAGCCGGCCUGAAACGGUCUUCCACGACCGUUACUAUCCAGCCUCCGCCAUCAAAUUUCACCACUCCAAGAAGAGCAAACUCGGACGGAUGUUGUCAUCGCACAAGUCGUACAAGCAGUAUGAGAUUGCGAAUGCGUACCAUGCGGACGUGACAUGGCGGAAGAUCUUGGUUGCGUUGCAGCCGGAUUCACACAAUAAUAUCGUAGUAAGGCGGCGCUUUGUUAAUGCUUAUGGCUGGGACGUGCUCGAGCACUUGGGGCAAAACUUCUUCGGGGUUGAAGCUGCAAGGGAGGAGAUGGAGGGGGAAGGAGAAUAAGAGGAAGUUUAUCUUUUCCAGAUAUUUAAGUGAUUUAGCGAUUAAUAAUGAAGAUUUUCCCAGAAAUAUUGAUUGAAGAUCGUUGUCGCAUCAGGUUUGUGCUCUUCCUGGUAAUUAUCGAUCUGUUCUUGGUUAUUUAUGUAUUUGUAUCUGUGUGUAAAGCAGUGUCACUCUUACAACCGGCUGGUUGAAAAACUAAUCAUAUUCGGC